AUGAUGACGCGUGACGCGCAUCGCCGGAGCCCCGACGGCAACGUCCGCCGGAGCCGGCGCAAAGACCGGCGGCGAUCGGACGAGGCCCUCAAGGCAGCGGCGGCACCAUCCUCGACGCGACGGCGACAGGACGGCUAUGACCGACCGUAUGACCAGCCGUAUGGCCAGCCAGAAUACGGACAGAGAGACUACGGACAGAAUCACGAACAGCCGGAAUUUAAGCGGCCGGAAAACGAGACACACAGCCAGACGGCCGAUUACGAGACGCGUGACCGACGCGACAGCUACUGGCAGCAGCCACAAUACCCAGACACAGAGCAGCAACAGCAGCAACAGCACACCCUUCCGAGGACGCGACGACGGUCGUCUCCACAGGCCACAUCGUCGCCGCGAUCGCCACCCCGCCGACGGCCAGCCUCGCCCAAAUCGGCUGCUGCCGGCCUUGGCUUUGGCUUCGGUGACCGCGACAGGACAAUGCCUCCACCACAGCGUGGCGGCAGUGCCGAAUUCUACUAUGCUGCUGCGCGUGCUGGCAGUGGCAGCGGCACCAUUCCCAUUGCUAGACACAAUGGCCACAAUGGCCACAAUGGCCACAACGCUCACGCUUUACACUCGCAGACAGCCACGACAACUCGCGGUCUCCGGGCUGACUCGACCUCGUCGCUCUCGUCUUCUGACUCGUCGACAUCCUCGUCGCUGCUCAACAUCUCGGCCCCUCGCACAACCGUCCAGGGCAUCAUGUCGUUUUUCAAAAAGGGCAGUCCUGCCCGCACGCGCAGCCACAGUCGUUCGCGCCGAGAGCAUCGCGCCCAGAAGAACAAGCGGCGCCGUUUCCUUCGCUUCGGCAACAGCAGCUCGUCCUCCCUCGAUGAUGGCCUCUUUUACGGCAAGGGCUACAUUCCCCGGCCACGCGGCCCGCCAGAGGACGACCAGAACGGAGGACCGGCUGGUCAGCCCAAUGCAAGCCUGGAAGACCUCGAGGGCCUCGCCUACGGCAGCGGUCCAUCGCUGCCUGCAGCCACAGCCUCAGCUUCUGCAGCAGCCGCCGCCACGUCUGGGCCCAGUCGUAAGCCCACCGACGACGAGGAGAUCAUCCGCAUCGGCCGCGAGCUGGCCAUGCUGGCUCGUGAAGACAACCGCCACGAUCUCGCUCGCCACGGCCGCCGGCCACCCAGUCGCCUGGUCACGGCCACUGCAGCUGUUGCUGCUGGUGCCGGUGCGGUCGACAGGCUUCGCCAGUCCCGACGGCGCAACCGGCCUCAGUCGACUCUGGAUCUGUCGGACCAGGAGGCCGACGAGCUGGCUGCCGAGAUGGAGCGCCAGGGCCGCCGUCGCGGUGGUGGUGCCUCCCGGCCGCAUCGCCUGUCAGCUAUGCAACCUCACACCCAUUCGCCCGACGAAUCUGAGUGGGAGUCGGCAUCGGACGACGACUCGGAUGACUCUGGUGACGACUCUUCGCUCACUGACAGCGUCUUUGGUGUUGUUUCCACUUAUGGCCACCACGUUGAGGAUGACCACCAUCAGGCUGACGACUCCUCGUCUGAUGCCGACUCUGGACUGGCGUAUGGAUCCGGUGUGAGUCUGCCGGGAACCUCCGCCGGACCGCCUGCUGCGACGACGACGAGCACUGCUGCCACCGCUGGCGCUGCUGCCACCCUGGCAACCACAUCCUACUAUGCUGGCACCAAAUCGUCCAUUGUCGAUCCGCGGCUGUUUGGGCCCGUGAACUCGCUGCGUGGUCACGUGACACGUCCUUGUGGCUUUGGCGACAGCGACGUGGAGACACGCAGACGACGCUAUUCCGAGCAGAGCGUGCGCGUCUCGCAGCAGUUGCAGACGUCGCCGCCGAGCCAAACCGGCUCCCAGACUCGCGACCACGAACGGGACCGUCGCCGCAUAGGCACGCCACUGACCAUGACUGCCGGUGCAGCUGUGGUGGCGGCCGUGACUGCUGCAGUCGUGGAAACGCCGGUUCGUCGGAGUCGCGUUGACUCGGCUGAGCUGCAGUCACCCAAGCCGGUGGUGCCCGUGAGCAAGCGUGUCUUUGACGAGGACGUCGUCAAGCGAGAGAGUGAGCGGCGUAGAGUUGUCGAAGUUGAACGCGAGACUGAGCGGCGUAGAGUUGUCGAGGUUGAACGUGAGACCGAGCGACGGAGAGUCGUCGAGAUUGAACGGCAGAAGCAGGUCGACAUCGAACGGGAGACGGAGCGCCGGAGACUUGUGGAAGUCGAACGACAGAAGCAGGCCGAGGUCGAACGCGAGACCGAACGCCGGAGACUUGUGGAAAUCGAACGACAGAAGCAGGCCGAUCUGGAACGUGAGACGGAGCGUCGGAGGCUUGUGGAAGCCGAACGGCAAAAGCAGGUCGAUCUUGAACGCGAGACUGAGCGUCGGAGGCUUAUCCAAGCUGAACGGCAGAAGCAGCUUGAUCUCGAACGUGAGACGGAGCGCCAGAGACAAGCCGACCUCGAGAAGGAGCGCCAGCGCCAGAAGGAGCGCGAUCUCGAGCGAGAGCGCCAGCGCGUGCGUGAAACUGAACGUCAGAGAGAACGUGAUCUCGAGCGGGAGCGGGAGCGUGUGCGUGAGGUUGAACGCCAGAGAGAACGUGAUCUCGAGCGCGAACGUGAACGUGAACGUGAACGCGAACGCGAACGUGAACGCGAACGAGAACGGGAACGGGAACGUGAACGGGAACGUGAACAGGAACGCGUGCGCGAGAGCAAUCGCCUGAGAGAGGCCGAGCUGGAGCGAGAGAGACAGGCCGAGCUCGAACGUCGACGAGACCUGGAACGCCAACGAGACCUGGAGCUUCAGCGGGAGAGCGAGCGCCAGAAGCAGCUGGAGCUGGAACGUGAAGCCGAGCGCGAAGCUGAGCGCAAGAAGCAGGCUGAGCUUCAACGCCAGCGCCAUAGCCACGACGAUGGCGACGAUGACGAUGACGAUGACGACAGCGAGCACAGACGCAAGAUGGAGCGCGAGCUUGAGCUGCGACGACAGGUGGUGCGCGAGUACGUGAGGAGCGAGUCUGAACGGCUGCGCGAGCUGCAGCGCGAGUUUGAGGAGCGCGACGAGGCGCGCCAUCGUGAGCUGCAGGCCCAGAGCAAAAGCCCCGACUCGGACGACAGCGACAGCCGCGGCCACGAGCUAGACAGCGAGGUCGAGCACCGUCGACAGGUCGUGCGCGAGUUUGAACUGCGCGAAGCCAAGCGGCAGCGCGACCGCGAGCAGCUGCCGGAAGAGCCAAAGAUCGAGGCUGUGUCCGUUGAUCCGCUCCAGUUCCAGUUCCAUGCGACAGACGCGACCUUGCAGACGGCCCAAUACGACUCGUCGAAGCAGUCGUCCACACCCAACAUUGUCACGGUCGACGGGCCGUCGUGGGCAGACGACGACGAUGCGAGCGCCUAUGUGCCGUCGGCACUUCCGUCGCGAGCAGCAUCUCCGGAGAAGUUGGAGAAGACGGAGACGACGGAAAAGACGGAAAAGACGGAAACGAAGAUGGAGACAACAGAAUGGCGAGGCCGUGGAUUGGCACGCUCCGAGUUGGACGACGGCGAGACUGUGCUGGAGCGGACGCAACGAUCGACUGCGCCCAUCGACCGGGCCGCCAUCGCCGUGGCCGAGUCCAUGGUGUUCAGUGAGGAGCGCGAGAAACAGCGCGAGCCGCCGCGUGGCCGCAAGGACAGCCGCGACGCCUCGCGCGACAAAGACGGCCGGACCGAACGCGAGAUCCGCGAAGAGGCCGAUCUCUACUACCGCACCACGACGUUGGCCCGCCGGUUGGCCGAGGAGGAGAUCCGCUCCCGCAGCACCUCGCCCGAAGAUUCUGUCGUCGACAAAUAUGAGGGCCGUGAGAGAGGGUCUGGGAGUCGCAGGCGAGCUGAGAACAGACCUGUCAUCGACGACUCGGAAGACGAUGUGCCGUCCACGCCCAAGAGACCCCCCGAGGUUAUCCGCAUCGUCACGCCGCCCGAGAUGGUCCGGCGACAGGAGAAGAGCCCGUAUGAUGCCCCAGAUGCAGACGUGCGCAUCGACAACCACAUCUUCCCGCGUGACCUCAGCCGCUUCCUCCUUCGGUCCACCACCAAUCCUCAGGCUUCCAUCGUCGCCGAGGAUCCCUGGACCUGGGAUCGCAGCCGUCGUCGGUCCGUGACGCUGCCAAUGUUCAAGUCGCGUGACCCGUCCUGCGAGCGAGACCGACCCGUGCUCAAUAUUGUCAUGCCCACGCCCGAGCCAUCGCCCAGCCUGGAGAGGCAGCUGGCUCGUGCAGCCGCGCCGGCGACACCGGUCAGAGAGGUCGAGACAACGGUGCCAAAGGUCCAGGAAGCCCAGCCCGAACCUGAGCCUGUUGUCGUCGCCAUUGGUCCCCGCGGCGAGAUCGUCCGGGAAGUCUCUGCUGUCGUUGAAGAAGACACACCAGCGGCACCAAAGUCGACCGCCGCCAAGAAAAAGAAGCCGCCCGUCAAGCCGGUAAAGAAGUCCGGUUGGGCCGCCAUCCUCGGCGCUGCCGCUGCCACUGGGGCUGCCGCUGCGGCCACUGUUGCGACUGCCGUUGGUGGUACCAAGGAAGUCGAGGAAAAGGACGAGACCGAGGUCCAGCCCGAGGUCCAGCCCGAGAUCCAGCCUGAGUCCCUGCCACAAGCUCCCCUCUCUCGCCGCAUCGAGAGCCCCAUCGCCCACGAUGUCUCGCCCGAGACGGAGCGCGAACCACGGUGCCCCGUCGACAUCGGGGCCUUUCCCGACGACAACGACGGCGAGAUGGCUCCAAUGCCGCCUUCACCGGCCAGCAAGCCGAUGACGAUGCCUCGGAAGAGCCAGCGUGUUGUGACCGCCACCACAGCCACGCAGGAUUCCGAGCCCGCCGUUGAUCUGGAAUUUGCAGCCCUGAUGGGCGCCAGCCUGGAGUCGUCCGGCUUUCACAGCGACAUUGUGACCGACCCCAAGUACUGGCCACAGAAGCCGGCCUCGCCGCCCAGCAACAGCCCCGCGACGAGGCUUCAAGACUCGUCGGAUGACUCUCAGGAUAUCGUGUCCGAGACGGCCCUGGGAGACGGCCCGACAGUGACGGUGCGGUCUGGUCGCAGCAAGAAGCUGCGGCAACGCCGGGAAGAAGCGAAGGAGAGGCUGGAGACGGCCGUCGUGCCACCAGCUGGCGACUCGCAGCCGGCCUUGUCCAAGGCGCAGAAGAAGGACAAGAAGCGGCGAGAGGCAGCUGCUGCAGUGGCCAAGCCUGGCGUCGACGAUGGCAAUGGCCGAGAUCGAGAUCGAGAUCGAGAAAGGAGGGCGGACGGCAAGGCCGAUGAGGAGCCGUCUUUUUUAGCUAAUGCCGGCACCCUUGGCGCGGGUGUCGGCUCUGCGGGCAUGACUGUGGCCGCUGCAGCAACAGCAGCUGCCGUCGCCGUGUAUGCUCGCGCGAAAGCCGCCGCCGCUCCUUCGGAGAAAAAGGAGCUAGAGAGAGGGGCCGUUCCUGAGUUGGAGCCCGUCGAGGAGGAGAGAAAGGUUGAAGUCGAAGCCCAGCAGUCUGUCGGUGGAUCGAGAUCUGUUGAGGCAGUGUAUGCAGUCGAGGUCGAAGCAUUCGAGUUGGACGCUUCGGAAUCUGCCAACCCCUCCACCCACAAUCGUGCGCCUUCAGACACCGUCGUCGACCCUGAGAUCAUCGAGCGCGUCAUCCGCCCGGCCAUCGACCCCUACCACGGAGACCUGCUGCCACUGCCACCCAGCCAACCUGGAUCGCCGCCGAUUGAGCUACCGAAUUUGGGUGGCGGCAGCGGGAAGAAGAGCAAGAAGAAGAACGAGAACACAAAGUCAGAACAGGCCGGAAAUGACGAGGAUGAAGGCCAAAAGGACAGGGGAAGCAAUGACGACGACGUCGAUGACGACGACAACGACCAAGGCUUCCGCUUUCCCAGCCUGCCGCCCAGCCGUCCAGAGACGCCACCUGAUCGCGACCAUCCCGAGCAGCACCGCGAACGCGAGCUCGAGCAGUUCAUCCGCGAGACCAUGGCUGCUUCAGCUGCCGCCGCUUCUCGACGUCGCUCCAGCUCGCUGGUCCGUCCGUCGACCGCUGCCUCCAGCCCGACGGCCGUGCCCAUCAAAUACGUCUUGCCGCCGCGUGCUGCCUCGCCCUCGUCGCCCAUCGGCUCACCGUCCUCGUCCGCUGCUGUCAGUAUCGGCAGCGUCCCCGAGCUGUCGUCCAUCUCGCACAAGCGCAUGUCGUGGGACAGCAGCCGCGACCUCAAGCCAUUGCGCCUGGUUCAGCAGAUCAGUCCCUCUGGCCAGCUGCCCGAGUCCGACGUCGUCGCUUCAGCUUUCGGCAUCGCCACCAGCCCCAACAGCGGCUACAACAGCCCCCCGGUUGUGUCCCCUUCGACCGUCCCCGCCGGCUCCAGCGUUCCUGGUGCUGCUGCUUCCUUCCGCCGCAGUCUUGGGGGACUCGCCAGCUUUGGUGCUCCCAUUGGCGCUCCGGCCGGUGCCGACAUGUCACCGCUGCGUGAGGCCCUCGCCCGUGCCGCCAUGACCGGCAGAGCAGCUCACCGCCGUAGCCUGCCGAGCCCCAAUGCCCUGACGCAGCAGCUGAAUGCCUAUGCAGCCGCUCAGGCCGCUUCGGCUGCAGCUCGAGCCGCCACCGGAGCAACGCCAGAGGCCGAUGCGGACGAACCGCCGUUGACGAGGCCGCGCACGAGCCCGGCCUAUUCGUCUGAUUCCCUUCAUCGCGACAUCAGCACUGACGGCGUCCUUGCCCGUCACAAGGCUGCCUCCGCACCGCAGACCGCUCGACAUUCGCUGGAUGACUUCCGUCGCAGCGACGUCUUCGCCUUGAGCGAAACUGUUGUUGAGGAGACUGAGCCUGAGCCCAAGCGCCCGAUGUCCGCUCCUGCACCACAGCUCGCAGAAGAUGGCCAUCAGAUCGACAGAAAAUCUGCCGACGAUGUUGUUUCUGCAAGUCCUGCCUCUGGCGGUAUCGCUCAGAGCAUUGCUGCCGCCUUUGCUCCCACUCUUAACCGCCUUUGGGGAGCUGGUCGUGAGGAUGAGAAGCUCGAGACUGCGGCCUCAGAGUCUGCAGAGGCUGCUGCGGAAGAAGAAACAGAUUCGGUCGAGAAAGAGGCGCCUGUUCUCGAACAGACUCACGAUUUGCCCAUUCCCAGCGUCGAAAUUGUCGAGCCAGAGCUGGCCAAGGAGGCCAUACUCCCGGCAGAGCUCGCUGCCGAGGACGUUGACAAGGGCAUGCCGGUUGAGCGACUGGCACCGGAGGAUGUGCCUCUCCCAGUCGACGAGUUGCCUAUCGAAGAGCCAGACACCGAGCAACCGAUUGCAGAGGCGACCAUUGACAAGGGAAAAUCUGUCGAGCGCCUUGCACCGGAGGGUGUAUCUGUACGAACCGAUGAGUCGGCUGAGGACCAGCCAGUGACGACAGAAGACAACGGAAGGUCUGUUGAGCAACUCGUUUCCGAAUAUGUCCCUCUACCAGCUGCCGAGGAGCAAGUCUUGUCCGCCACGCCUACAAAAAAGAAGAAAGAAACUUCCUCCCAGGCUGGCGGCACAGCUCCUGCAAUCAUUAAAUCCGGAAUGUUCGCCGAGACGGAGCCGACUGAGAAGUCCACAGUCUUGCUGAAGCGACAGGAACCUUCCGCCAUCAAAGACGUCCGGUCUGACUCAAACUUCGAUGAUGAGUCUGGGCCUGCUGUGGAGACGAUAGUCGCCUCCGAAGACCACGUUUCCGCCAUUCAGACACCAGAGACAGAGAGCGGCUUCCCGAAUAAGAACCAGAGUGUCUCAGAAUCUCAGACGCCUUCGGGCCUGGCGAAGGACAGCAACAAUCGGGCCGUGACGGUCGGAGAGAUGCCGGAAGCGUCAGCGGAGAAAGAGACCCCUGCCGUCAUCCCUGUGGCGGACUCGGGUGACUCGAGCGAGCCUACGGUCGCUGUGGCCGUUUUGCCGAUCGCAGAGGAUCACCAGACCGGGGACGAAGUCGUUGGUCCCGCAGGCGACAAAACCCUGUCGGCAGCCCUGGAAAAGCGGUCCUCCAGGCCUCUCCUGCCCACACUUGGCCUCUUUGGGAGCGGCAAGAAGAGUGGGCCUGGCAGCAGUGCUGCAGCCACGGCGGAGCCCAAGCCCCUGCUCGUCCCCAGUACCGACAAAUCAGGCAAUGCCAACACGCAGCAGCAACCCACAGCUGGGAGCACGACAGUGGACACCGCUUCUGGCGAGUUGGCGCCCAUCGACCGGGGCGUGCAGCUGCCAGAAGAUUCUGCACCCAAUGGAGAGGAUUCCCCCAUCUCUUCGGUGGGUGUGGCGGUUGAGGAGUCGGUCGAUGCGGCCGAGAAGGCCAAGGCAAGCGAAAGCCAGGACCCGGAUUUCUUCCACGACGUGGCCAACACCGACGUCUCUGGCAGUGCUCCCACUGGCCCGCAGCCACCUGAGCCCGAACAGGUCGUCCCCCCCGCCGUGGAUCUUGUCGAGCUGCCAAGUGCAACCAAAGCGGCAACUGACGAGAAAGGCGACCAUACGCACACGGCAACUGACCGCGACGUGGAACAAGUUACCCCCGCUGCCAGUGAUGCCACCAUAGACCCAUUGAAGAUGGCUAUUGAUGCAAUUGGGGAGCGGGACACCGUCGACCAUGACUUUCCUGUCGUGAAGCUGAAAGGCAAGAAGGCGAAGAAGCAGCAGAAGCGACUCGCAGCCGCAGCAGCAGCCGCAGCCACAGCCGUUGUCGCUGCAGCGGAAGCUGCUGCAACUGAAGGAACCGCGGACGACGCAGUUACCAAUGCCGAAUUUGCUACACCAGUCGAAGAGCUCCCAGCGUUGGUCGAAGCAGCAGCGCCGCCGGGUGAAGGGCUGUCUGCUGGCGGGAGGGCUGCUGUUGUCGAGCCCAUCUGGGAAACUGUGGAUGAACGUGUCGCAGCUGAGAGCGAAUGGCCCAACCUGACGAAAAAUUCGAAGAGGGGAAAGAAAGAUAAAAAAGAUAAAAAGGGCGACGAAAACCCGACAACGGUUCUUGAACACGCUAUUGUGGACAACACAGUCGCUGGAUCCUCCACUGAUGCGACUGUCGAGGUUGCGGAGCCAGCGGAGCCAGCGGAGUUUGUGGGGCCAGUCGAGGACGUUGCCGAAUCUGUGGAGGGUGUGGUGGCGUUCGAGCCCGUCGAGCCUAUCGAAGCUGUCGAGGCUGUCGAGGCUGUCGAGACUGCCAAGGCUGAGGAGGUUGCGGAACCUGUCAAGCAGAUCGAGCCUGUGGAUACUGCCGAACCCAUCAAGGCAGUCAACGCUGCUGAAGGCAUCGAACUCGAGGAGGCUAGUCAACCAAGGGGAACUGUCGAACUUGCUGCGCCUGUCGAACGAAUCGAGAGCACCGAGAUAGCUGACCUCACGGAUGUUGUGAAAAGCGAAGAGGCCACUGAAACCAACCUCGCCGAGCCUGCCGAAGCUGUUGAGCUUGUCAAGACAAUCGAGCCUACCAAGACCACAGAGCUUAUCGAGACCACAAAGCCCAUCAAAGUCAUAGAGUCCGUCGGGUCUGUUGAAACUCUCGAAACUACCGCUGCUGAAACCGAACUGCCCACAACGCCGACAAAGGGCAAAAGCCUGGAGGCCUCUAUCUCCGAAGACGAUGCAGAAGACAAGACCACGACUGAACUUGUGGAUGCUGCAGAGACUGUUGAGGCUGCCGAACCAGUUGGAGCUGUUGUGCCAGUCGAAGCUAUCGAUGUCGAGGAGGACAAGGCGGCCGAAACGGUCGAAGAAACAACAAAGACAGAGGCAGCUUCCCAAGACGAGUCAGCUGAUCCGGUGCUGCCUGACGUACCUUCCUCAACCGUCGCGAACGAAAGCGAAUGGCCAAUGACGUCCAAGAAGAGCAAGAAAAACACAAAGGACAAAAAGGGCAAGAGCCACCGGCAGGAACAGCUUGGGCAAGCGGAGACUGGCGAGAAAGUCGAGCAGGCCGUGCCUACGGAACCAGCAGUAACCUCUGAGACUGUCCUUCCUGUCGAGUCGGUCGAACCUGCCUCUCCAGCGACGCCAGCGGAGAUCAUCGUUCCUUCCCAAUCCAUCGAGCCUGUGCCGUUAUCAGAGCUUGCCGAUUCGUCCCAGUCGACGGAACCCGCUGCUGAACCCUCUUCACCGAUAUCACUGAAGAAGAGCAAGAAGGGCAGGAAAGGCAAAGGAAAGCAGGUCGACACCACGGCAUCUGAAGCUGUUGACACGACCGAGCCGACAGAACUCUUCUCCGCCGACCGAGCAGUGACACCGGCCGAAACGACAGAUUCGCCCGAACAAGCCGAUCUCAGCAGUGCCGGCAGCCCUGAGACGAAAGAUAAUCUCAAGGACUCCCAUAUUUCGUUCGCCCUUGAGCCGGUAUUGCACGGAGCUGCGCCGUCUGAGGAUGUGCCCAUCGAAGGUAAUCCUGUGGGAGCAAGCGAGGCCAUCGAGGCAGUCCCGACCACUGUGGAAGAGGUGAAUGCCGUGCGCGAGUUCCCACUGCCGGAAGAGCAGGCGCCCGAGGAGAAGGAUCUGGAGAAAGGCGUGGAAGAGAAGCAGCCGGAGCCAGUGAAGCUUUCGGAAGAAAUUGCGCCGGAGACCUCUCUUCUGGCUGGUGCACUCGAUGGUGAAGCGGCUGCUCAUUCGGAAGAGCCGACGCAGCCGGAUAACGAGCAGCCUGUUGUGGAAGAAACGCAGGAUGACAAUAUUCAGGUUACGACUGCAAAGGAGGAGAAUUUGAAGGAGCCUGCUGCCGUCGAGGAAAUCAUCAAGACCACUGAGACCACCAAAGAGGAUGUCCAUGUCCUCCCCAGCGACGCUGACCCUGUUUCUGAACUCGCCAGUACAGAGCCAUCUGUCGAUCUUGUCAAGCCAACGGAGGUUGCUCUGCCAGAGGAGCCGACUUCCGCGAAGGAGGCAUCUCCUGAAACGGCGACACACGCCGAAACUGUUGACGAAGUGGAAGUUCUCUCUGCUGAAGAUGAGGGAGCCACUGGUACCCGCUCGCCUGUUUUGGAGUCCGAGGCUUCAGAUGUGUACCCUGUGCAUCUCAAGAAGGCGAAGAAGAGGAAGGGCAAGCAACAGGAGGGUGUGCAGGACGAGACAGCAAGCCCGGAUGCGUCUGCACCGGCCACUGAAGUCAAGGCUCCUGUGUCUGAGAUUGAUGGCUCUGUGCCUGUCAUUGUUGAAGAGUCAAAGCUCCCGGGUGACGUGAUUGAGAAGGCUACCGAGCAACCAGAGUUUUCACAAUCUGCUAGCCACGUUUUCAGAGACAUUGACACGACCCUGAGACCAUUAGAGUUAGCUGCUGAUGUGGACACGAGUGGACCGAGCUCAACCACGGAAGUCACAGAGCCCAUGCCCGCAACAGAUCUUCUCGCUGCCCCAAGCCCCCAGAGCGACAAGAAGAAUGAGGGUAGUCUAGCAGCAGGCGACGUGGCGACACAGGAGGAGUUGGCCUCCAAAACAGCGAAAGCAUCACCAGAAGCCAAGGAAACUGCUGCUGAAUCUGCUGCGACACCUAUCAGCCAAGACACCUCCCAUAUCGUCGACGAGACUGUGCCGGCACUCGAGGCAUCUGCGGAAGAAGCUCAGCAAGACCUGGCUGCAGAGCCGCUCAAUGUCGAGGAAACAACUGAGUCUAAGCCUUUGGACAAUCCUUCGACAGAGGUUGCCACUGAUUCUCGCAAGGGGCCUGAAAUCAAGCAGGGGCCUGAGGCAGUAUUGGAGACUCCUAGGGCUUUACCGACCGAGGAACUGUCUUCUAUUUCUGAGCGGCCUACUCCGAAAUUGUCAAAGAAAGAGAGGCGGUCCAGGAGAAAGGCACAGCAGCUGGCAGAGUUCGCUGAGGAUGCCGAGCUUGAGGGCACUACCAAAGAUGGCCUGCUAGCGGAGGAAACCCCGACUGCUCUGGCGAGUGGUGCUGAUGAAGGCCGGAGAGCUGACCCUCAGGCUAAAGCCGAAACGGACAACAAGAACGAAGCACCCAAGUCCGAAAGCACAGAACAGGAAGCUGUGGAGACACAGUCUCGAGAUGUGCAAUCUGAUGAAAACACAGUGCUUGAGCAGCCGAGAGACGACGAUGCUGCCCUUGUAGAAAGCGUGUUGCUGGUGGAACCGACUCUGGCUGCAGAAGGUGCCAACGAAGAGACUCUUUCGAAAGACCAACCCCAAGAAUCUGAGCUUUCAGCACCUGUUGGAGUUCCUGCCGACAGCAACACGCCUCCGAUUACCCGGAAACUCUCAAAAAAAGAGAGGAGGGCUAGAAAAAAGACAGUAGGAUCGUGGACUGAAUUGGAAGACAACGAUUUCCGACAGGAAGUUGAGGCUGUCAUUAAGAAGCCCCUAUUGGCCUCAGCCCCGCCAACUCCAAAGUUGUCAAAGGAGGAUAAGAAGGAGGACGAGAAUACCGCAAAGAAGCCAGAGACGGUAGCUGACGUUGAAGCUGAAGCGGCGAAGAUGAGCGAGAUCCCGUCGAAAGAAACUGAAGCUGGUGCCGACGAAUCAAAGGAGCGUCAUUCGACGGCGGGCGACUCGGAAGAGAAGCUGGCUCUGACUGCGGAGGAGGCACGCGCCGAUUCCGUGGUCGAGAGAGCUCUUUUACCUGAGGCUACGGCAGAGGUUCAAGACGAAGUUCGACACCGUUCGGGAGAGGGAUCUCGAGAAGAGGAUGCGGGUGGAGAAGAUUCUCGUGAUGAGGAGCCUCGUGGAAAGGAGGCUCACGAGAAAGAGGUCGGCAAAGCGGAACCUCGUGAAAAGCUCCAGGUGGAAGAGGAGCCCGCUGCUGUCGUUGUUCCGGGCCCGAAGCUGUCCAAGAAAGAGAGGAGGGCAGCAAAGAAGGCACAGGAAACGAAGACUGACGCUGACGUUGAAGGUGUGGCGCCGCAAGCGGCUGACGCUGCUUUUGUUGAUGGGCCGGCUCCUGGCCCCGAGCAGAUGUCCACCGCCAUUGCAGAGGACCUCAAGAUGAAACCUACAGUUGAGGCCAUUUCAACGCCUGCAAUGGGCGCCGAACUACCGGCAGAAAGUGGGCCUGCGACAACUGUUUUACCAGUCGAGAGCGUGCCUGCUAUGGUCGAGGAUCGUGCUACAGUUAAAGAGUCUGUCAAGGUCGAAGAGCUUACUACAGUCGAGGAGCCUGCCACGGUCGAGGAGCCUGCUACGAUUGAGGAGUCUACAAAGGUCGAGUCGGCACAGGCCGGUGCCAUGGAGGGCCCUCGGGAAGAAAAACAGCCUGUUGUCGUGCCUACGCGUCAGCUGUCCAAGACAGAAAAGCGGCAGUCGAAGAAAAAAGGUUCUCUGGGCUGGGCCGAUCUGGUGCAGGCCGCCUUCCCACCGGCUUCGACAAGCGAACCGACCAAGGCAGCCGAGCCAGCCGCGCGUUCUGGAUUCUCAUGGCCCUGGGGAAAAUCAACAGCGCCUGCGCAAUCGACGAAGCCCUCCCUCCCGGCCGAAGGAACCGGAGCCAACCCGACGUCAAAGGAGCAGAAGGAUAAGAAUCAGGACGGCUCUCUGCAGCCAGAACUGGAGCCCGAGGACGAGGACCGGUCUCUCCAGGGCCCUACACAGGUCAGCGAUACGCCUGCUACGGCUUCGCCGUCCCCCCCGCAAGGUGAAGAUGCACCCCCCGCCCCAGCACGUCCCGGUGGAGAGGAGGUGACGCCUGCUUCCUCUGGCGCCACCAAACCCCGCGGAAAGGAAAUGGAGAUCCAAGAAACGAGAGAAGCAGCCUUUGUCCCGUCUUCCUCUAUGGACUUGGAGCAGCCAGCCUCACCAACAGUUCUUGGUACAGCCGGAGCAGGAGAAGAAGAAGAAGCAGCAGCAGUAGCUUUGCCAGUGGCAGCCACUGCCGCCGCCGGCGCAACGGUGGCUGCCCUGACGUCGCGUUUAAAGAGCCCAAAACUUACAGAAUCUGUUUCCAAGGACGUUGAAGACGGCGAGCCAAUUGCCGCCCAUCCGGUCCGAGAUCGAGACCUGGACGAUGCCGACGAACACCUGCCGAAGCAGGCCGUUACCGAACCCGCGAGCGAGACGAACGAGCUGAGUCCUCGGCUCAGCCCCCACGAGGAGCAGCCGGUGCUCUCGCCCAAUGUCAACAUGGGGUUGAUGACGCGUCAGGAUUCAGACAUCUUUGACCGCGAAGGCUACGUGCCACAGCUGCUUACGGGCUUCGGCCCGGCGAUCGAAUCUGGCGAGGACGAACUCUCGGCGGCGGCGGAGACAACAGAAACGGAGGCCAAGGCAGCGGAGGAAGCCCAAGAGAAAAAGGUCAGUCCACCACCGUUGCAAAGUGACGAUACGAAGGUGGCUGUGGAGAAGACGAAAGAGGCGACGAGAGAGGAAGUGGGACAGAGCGAUGAGAAGAGGAGGAAGGAGACGACGGAGGUGGAAGUUGCGGGAGACGAGCAGCUUGUGCGGGUUGCCAGCCCCAGCAGGCUUACAGAGAAGAGCUCGGACUCGUCUGACGAGAACGGCCGUCUUGGCGGAACACACGUUGAGCCAGUUCUCACUCGGCACGUGAUCGACUACGACAAAGACGACGAGAUCGAGAGUCCGAUCCUGGGUCGCCGGGACUCUGACAAGCAGCGACACACGCCGCUGAAGAAGAAGGAGUUUGUCGCGACUACACCGCGAACGGAGGACCGGCUCAAGCGGCCAGUCCUUCCGUCGCCACAGGCAGCACAGGAGGAGACUCCAGAGCCGGAAAAGAGGGCACAGAACGGACCGCGGGACUGGGAUCGUGAUGUGUACCACACACCCAAGCGCACGCUCGGUGGCUUGGCACCGUCUCCAUCGAUUUUGCCAGAGGCAGCCAUUCUGGCAGCUGCAUCACCGAAGAUCGUCCAUACGCUGGUGCAAGAUUCGAACUCUGGCGACCUCCGCCGGUCGGGGUCGAAAGUCCUGCCUUCCGUCCAGGAGGAGGCGCACGAGGACGACGGGACACACGACAAGGACCACGGGACCGAUCGCGACAGCGGUUUCGCAGAGACGCCGUCGCCGUUGGCUAAAUUCAGCCGCCAGGGCGAGAGGGAGCAGCAGCGCGACAGCGGCGUCCACAUGCGCGAAUGGCCCGAACAUGGGCCACCAGCAGGCCGAACAUCGCCGGCUGAGUCGAUUCAGUCAGCAGGUCAGUUUGCACGGCCCAGCAGCAAAAACAGCAUCCGAACUGCAGGACUGCCAUCGGGCAUCCCCCGAGCCGUCCGGUCGUCGACUGCCCUCGUGGCUGCUGAGACAGGCACGCGCAGCGUGUCGGACAACACGAUCGUGGUCAAUCGCAAAACCCGCGCGUCGCCACAGCCUUUGGACGGAUUCUACGGACUGCGGACACUGUCCAAUUCCAGCCUCACGCGGGUCAACACGGAGCCGGUACAACGAAGUGAUUACUCAGCAACCCCGCCCUUGCGUCGGGCGUCCAAGCAAUUUGGCGGUGACCUGCGGUCCCUCAGUCAACGCACGGAGCUUUCUGCCAUCGGUGGAGCCAGAAGUGGGGAAUUUGCGCCGCCACCGCACACCGCCUCUUUGCCCUUGGAAAACAGCAGAGAGCUGCGUGGUCAGCCGGACGAGCAAAACCUGAGCAACAGCACACCUGUCGCCAAUGAAGGCAGGGUCCGCGAGAAGGGGUCCAUGACUGACGUUUAUGAUGGGUUUGGCGAGGGCCGGAUUGGUUCACCGCGCUCACCGACACGGCCGCAUAGCAUGCGGCGACGACAGAGCAUGCAGGUGAUGGAACUGGAGAACCGGGUGGAGCAGUUGAUGAUGGAGAACCGGCAGCUGCUGGAGGCGCGGUCGCAGAUGGAGGUCUCGGUCGGCUCGGUCGGACAGCGAGUAGCGGGCAAGCUGGCCGACCGGGACGGACAGAUCGAGGUGUUGAAGAAGUCGUUGGACGUGCUGCAGAAGGAGGUCAAGCGGCUGAAGGAGGUGAACGAGGGUCUCAACUCGGCCAUCGACUCGUCGGCACGGCAAAACAGCGAUCGGACCCGGAAGCUGGAAAUGGAGCACGCGGCAUCGCGACGGGAGCUGCACGUAAAAGACGCAGAAAUUGCCCAGCUCAGGUCGCAGCUGCUGGCGGCACAGGAGCAGAUCCGGGUGAUGCAGGCGCAGAUGUUGAUGUCGAAGCCGCCCGACACGGAACUGCUGCAACUCCACGACGUGGACUACUUUGACCGGCGGUGCCAGCAGCUGUGCGCUCACGUGCAGCAGUGGGUGCUGCGGUUCAGCAAGUUCUCAGACAUGCGGGCGUGCCGGCUGACGGCCGAGAUCAACGACGAGAAGGUGGUGGACCGGCUGGACAAUGCGGUGCUGGACGGCUCGGACGUGGACGACUACCUGCGUGACCGAGUGCUGCGGCGCGACAUCUUCACGGCCAUGACGAUGUACAUGGUGUGGGAGUUUGUCUUCACGCGCUACCUCUUCGGAAUGGACCGGGAGCAGCGGCAGAAGAUCAAGUCGCUGGAGAAGACGCUGCUGGACGUGGGCCCUGCAGCGGCCGUGCGGCAAUGGCGAGCAGUGACGCUGACGCUGCUGAUGCGGCAGAAGGCGUUCCGCGAGCAGCGUGACCGCGACACAGAGGCGGUGGUGCAGGCGGUGCUCCAGACGCUGAGCACGAUUCUGCCGCCGCCAACACACAUGGAGGAGCAGAUUGAGCAGCAGCUGCGGCGGGUUGUGCGCGAGGCCGUGGACCUGUCGGUGGAGAUGCGCUGCCAGCGGGCCGAGUACAUGAUGUUGCCGCCGCUGCAACCGGAGUACGACGCGGCCGGUGAGCUAGUCGAGACGGUGGCCUUCAACCCGGAGCUGAUGAACGAGCAGUCGCACGGCCCGGACGAGAACCCGGGUCUGGCCGGCGUGCCCGUCCGCAUCGUUCUCUUCCCGCUCGUGGUCAAGAAGGGUGACGACGAUGGCAAUGGCGAUGACGAGAUUGUCGUCUGUCCGGCCCAGGUGUUGGUGGAGGGUGUGCGGCGAUCCGGCUCGCGCACCGACAGCCACAGCGGUGACAAAGACAAGCGGCGGCUGACGACGCCCAGCUCGGACGCGGGCGGCGUCAGCCUGCUGCGGGGCAUGAGCCCAAGCAUGAUGUCGACUCCGGGAGGCGUGGCGGCAAACCGGAGCAACGUCAGCAUGAACGACGUCGUCGCGAUGCCUGAGGCACGGGUCCAUUUCAUCAUGGAAGAUGGCAAAUCUGCCCAUGCGGCUCGAAAACUCAUUCGUGAUGCCCGGAAACUCGUCCGUGAUGCUCGCAGACGCCUUCGCACUGCUCAGAAGCCCGUCCGUGACGCCGAAGGACUCGUGCGUGCUUCGCAAAGACUCGUGCGUGCUGCCCGAAAACAUGCCAGGCUUGCGAUUCCCACGACUCCUGCAACGCCUACGACUCAUGUGAUGCACGACAACAUGGCCGUCACUCUCAGCCCAUUGGAGCAGCUGCCAUCGCUGGUUCGUCGCGACGUGCUCGCAAACCUGCCGCUACCCGACAUCCGCUCUUUGGCCAUGGCAUCCCCGAUAUUCUACGGACAAUACGCCGGCGACCGCCAGCACAUUUUGCGUGAGUCGUUGCCGCUAAGUCUCGGCGCUGCCUACAUCGAUGCCAUCGGCCUCUACCGGUCGUCCACUGCGAAUUUCCGGCGCACAUGCUGUGCGGCUACCGUGACACAGCUCAUCACAUCCUACGGGCAGGAGGCUGGCCUUGGCGACUUUGACGUGGAACUGUUUGACGAUGAUGAAGACAACGCAGACGGUGAAGCCAGCAUAGAUUUUGAUGGUGCUGAUAACACGGAAUCACUUUCCCUGUCUCCUGCGUCACUUACUCCUGACAACAUCAGUGCCAUGUCCAAGUUCCACAUGACGACAAUCCUGCCGCUCGUGGAUAUGUUUGUCAAUCACUCGUUCGAAGCGAUUUUAGACGUUGGCGGGACCUCGAAAUGGUCAACAAAUCCAGAGGCUUGUCGCCUGCCGCUCAGCACCUCGGAAGCUGGCCGCAUCGUGCGGGCGCUAUACCGCUUCCAAAUGCUAUUCAACCUCUUCCAUGCAAAGGAUAAUUGGUUUUUUACUGUGCGCACUGGGCUUAUAGAAGAACUAUACAACGAUCCAGCUAUAGCUUACAUGUUCAAGCCUUGGGAUCUUCAUGAAGUAGUUUCUGUCUUUGAGUUCUUGGAUGGGAGCAUCGAGAAAUUAGUUACUGAUAAAAAGUUCCAGGAAAAAGUCUACCAUGUUGUUAUGGACAGGUGUGACAAUUUGGCAGAAUUGUCGAGACAAGGCCUAACCUUCAUACUGGCCUUUUUGACAUGGGAGCACAGCACGGAGAAGUUCAUCUCGCUAAUCUACCGAGAGGAUGACUGGCCUUUGGAUUUUCCUAGACGCGUCCCGGAGGGUGUGGAAGAGGCUUAUUUACGAAUAUGCGAAAGCAACCCGCCCUUCAAUGGCGAUCAUGUGAUGCUCCAUCCGGACGCAGACUACCCGUCGUUGGCAUGGACUAUCGCUUGUAAAGCUCCCAACGGAUUCAUCAGUAGCAUACUGCAAGGCUUCCCACUCGAAAACUGCGGCUGUGUCAUGUGGGAUGCAGACCGUCUGGUGGCUACGGGCCUCAAGAAAAUCAUGGCUAUCAAAUUGCUUGAAGUACUACUAAAAGGGAUCAGAACUUCUCGGCCAAUCUUAUAA